AAUUUCUAUGUCUUUCUUUGUAGUAUUUUUUUAACAGAUUUCCACACACUAACAGUGAUUUUCCUCUCUCUCUCUCUCUCUCUCUCUAAUACCUUUAAUCAUCUCUCUCAUUGGUAUGAGUGGUUUAGGGUUCCAAGUCUCUCAAACUUCCCACCCAUGUUGAUGUAUGGCGCUCCCCGCUCUUAAAAGUCACAAAAUUGGAACACUGCGUACCCCACCCGGACCGGACCUUCCGGUCCGAUUCCCCAUCUUGCUCCCUCCAAAAAAUUCUAUACACCUUAGAGAGAGAAACCUUCACGCCCUUUAUCUCUCUAUAAAUACACAACAAAACCCACUCUCCCUCUCUCUCAUAUCAAGCAUAAGUAUGGCAUCCCCUCUUCUCUCUUUCUCACUCCUCAUCCUCCUCUCUCUCUCUACCCAUGGCAACGCCCGCCUUAUUCUCGAGAAUUCCCAAAGUGCCCCUAACAUCACCACCACCGAAUUCCUUGAGGCCCACAACGGGGAGCGUGAUCUCUUCAAGGAUAAGGGCCUAAAACCGCUAACCUGGAGCCAAAAUCUCGCCUCCGACGCCGGUAAAUUCGCGAGAUUUCAGCGAGAUAAGCACGGCUGCGGCCUCGUGCAAUCGACGGCUGAGAAAUACGGAGAGAACCAGUGCUGGGGUUCUGGCCGUCCGAUGAGCCCCACGGAGGCAGUGGGUUCGUGGAUUAAGGAGAAGGCCUUCUACAGUUUCAAGAAUAACACGUGUCAAAAGGAGCACGAGUGUGGGGUUUACACGCAGUUGAUUUGGAAAUCGACGGCUGAGGUUGGUUGUGGCCAAGCGUUUUGUAAGAAGGGGGCCGUGACACUCACCAUUUGCUAUUAUUUCCCUCCUGGAAAUAUGCAAGGGGAGAGGCCUUUCUAGCCUCUCUCUCUCUCUCUCUCUCUCCCUUUAGAGAGAGAAAGAAAAGUUCAUGUUAGAGCAAUGAUGCUUCUUACUUUUUUUUAAAUUUCUCAGUUUCUACAUUUUUCUUUCUGCCUUCUUGUUACUAUCUAAACGCAAAGUUACCUUGGUUGAUAUCAUUUCCCUUCUCUCUUAAAGGUUUGU